AGUGUUACUUCUUGCACUUUUUUUGUAAAAUGCUUUUUGAUAAAUGUAUUCUGAAGGUUCGGUUUGGUGAUUGCAGUUGCCUCUCCCUCUCCUGUAUUUCCUGCACUACUACUUUCAGCUCUCUUCCUACUCCCCUGCUGACCUUUGAAUGGAUCUGUAUUUCCGCAUUCACCUGGAACCGGCCGCUCGGCUCCUCUCCGACCAUGUCCCAGAUGGAGAGCAGGGACUCUGAGCCCACACAGCCAGCCCCGGUCUCCGCUGCCUGCCCGAGCUGCUGCCGGGGGGAGGAAGGGGAAGCGAGCCGCCCACCCUGCACCUGCCGGCGGCCUGGCAGCCAGCUCCUCGCUGCCCCGGCCCCUGACUGCGGGGAGUGCCCGGUGCACCGCGGUCAGCCCGGCUGGUACUGCCUGACUGAGGGCAGGGCGGUGUGUGCUCCCUGUGCCAUCCCGGGACCCUGCAGCAAGCACCUGGGAGCCAGCAUCGGGGAGGCGGCGGGCCGCAUGAGGAAUAAACUGGUUGAUGAUUGUGAGAAAUUACAGCUGAGAUUAGCUUCAGUGGAAAGAUUCACGGAUGGGACUCUGAACAAAAAACGCCGCAGCGUUAAGGCUGAUGCCAGCAGUGCCAGGGAACAGGUCAUUCAACGUCUCAACUUUAUCCGUGAGAUGUGCGACAAUGAGGAGCAGAGACUGUUAGAGGUGAUCCAUGAUGAGGAAGAGCGAGUCCAGCAAAGCAUUUUGACCCAGAAUACCUAUUGGAUGGAAUCCCAGCAAAAGCUAGCUGACAUUAAAAACUACCUGGUAGACAUAGUGACAAAAAUGGACGAUACCGUCCUGGUGAAACACCAGAAGGAAAUAUUUGAAAGGGCGGAGGAAGCAGAGGGAAUUCUUGAGCCCGAGGACUCUAAUAAGCUGAACUUCAACCUUGCCUGCGUUCACAGUCAUCUCCUCAGUAACCUGUGGGCAUCUGCAGCCAUGAUCUGCAUUCCAGUUGCUGAAAACUUGCACAUUGAUGAGAAAACACUGCAUUCAUCGCUGACACUGUCCGAGAGCAAAAAGAGACUGAGUUUCGUCAGGAAAAAGGUCCAUUUGUACCCGGACUGUCCUGAGCGCUUUGAGCAUUGGCCAAAUGCCCUGGGCCUGGAGUCUUUCCAGAGGGGCAUUUGCACCUGGAGAGUAGACGUGGAGAAUAGCUGCGCCUACAAAGUGGGCCUGGCUUACAGCUGCCUUCCCCGCAAGGGAACCGGUCAUGAGUCCCGUCUCGGAUAUAACUCGUCCUCCUGGGUGUUCUCCCGCUACGACGAAGAGUACACGGUCGCUCAUGACGGCCAGCUGAAGACCCUGGAUCUACUGCGGCGCCCAAAGUUGAUCGGUGUACUGGUGGACUAUGAUGGAGGUGAAAUUCUCUUCUACGAUGCUGAUGCCUGUGCUAUAAUUCACAGCUACCGAACAAAACUCUCCUCUCCCGUCCACGCAGCGUUUGCAGUAGCAGACAACUGUAUUACAAUAGUCCAAUAGAAGAUUUAAUGGGAACACUGAAAGUCUCCAGGUCUGCACCCUAACAUUUUCCUUCAAUUUUUUCAUUCUUUAUUGGGGAGAUGGUGAUGCAAUGGCGAUGUCACUCAACUUGUAAUCUAGAAAGUAAUGCUUUAGGUCAUGGGUUCAAAGCCAACUGUGGCAUGUGGUGAAAUUGGAAUUAAUUUAAUAACUAUGGAAUUGUAAAAAAGGUCUGAAGGGAAUUGGAGAACCACUGUCAAUAGUUGUAAAAACCUAUGUGAUCCAUUAAUAUCACUUAGGGAAGGAAGAGCUGCCAUUCUCACCUCGAUAUUCCAUACUCACGGCAACAUGGUUAGCUCUUCACAGCCCUCUGAAAUAACUUAACAAGCCACUCAGUUCAAGGACAGUUAGGGAUGGGCAACAACUGUUGGCCUUGACACUGACACCAAUAUUAAAGAAUAAAGAGGAAAAUAAUUCUAGGAAGAGACCCCAAUCUAAAUGAAAAGCAGAUUACAGGCAUAGAGUCAUACCAGACCCUUUGCUUCAACUCGUCCAUGCCAGCUAGAUAUCCUAAAUUAAUCUAGUCCCAUUUGCCAGCAAUUAGCCCACAUCCCUCCAA